AUGGUCAACUCCUGUUGUGGCUCCGUCUGCUCUGACCAGGGCUGUGGCUCCAGCUGCUGCCAGCCUUGCUGCCGCCCCACCUGCUGCCAGACCACCUGCUGCAGGACUACCUGCUGCCGGCCCACCUGCUGUGUGUCCAGCUGCUGCCGCCCCUCCUGCUGUGGCUCCAGCUGCUGUGGCUCCAGCUGCUGCAGGCCCAGCUGCUGCAUCUCUAGCUGCUGCCGCCCCACCUGCUGCCAGACCACCUGCUGCAGGCCCAGCUGCUGCCGCCCCUCCUGCUGUGUGUCCAGCUGCUGCCGCCCCUCCUGCUGUGGCUCCAGCUGCUGUGGCUCCAGCUGCUGCCGCCCCUCCUGCUGCAUUUCUAGCUGCUGCCGUCCCUCUUGCUGCCGCCCCAGCUGCUGUGGCUCCAGCUGCUGCCGCCCCUCCUGCUGCAUUUCUAGCUGCUGCCGCCCCUCUUGCUGUGGUUCCAACUGCUGUGGCUCCAGCUGCUGUGGCUCCAGCUGCUGCCGCCCCUCCUGCUGCCCCUCCUGCUGCCUGCGCCCAGUCUGUGGCCGGGUCUCCUGCCACACCACUUGCUAUCGCCCCACCUGUGUCAUCUCCACCUGCCCCCGCCCCAUGUGCUGUGCCUCCUCUUGCUGCUGA